AUGAAACCAAAAAGCAAACAAGUCUCCCCACGUGCCCAGGACGCCUUGAAGAGAGGGUACAAUCAGAAAGAAAUUGACUACCUAUUCAAUUCUAUAGUACUACCUAACAUCUCAUACGGGCUUGCAGUGUGUGGAGCGGCUAAAGCUGAACGACCAACGAUCCAGCGUUUUCUGGAUAGAUGUAAGAAGCGUAGGUACAUCUUGCAUAGCAUUGAUAUCCACGAUCUUUCAGAAAAACACGAUAAAAAAAUACGCACUAAAGUUAUUGGCUUAGAGGGUCACGUCACCCACUUUAUGACAUGUUACCACCUUAGACGAAAAUCAACAGUGAAACCUACAGUAAACACGACGCGCUUUAUGUGUUCUUUUGCCAACCGCCAAAUUUUUAAAGAC